UCAUGUGAUCAGCUGUGUCUAAUCACAGCUGAUCACAUGGGACAUGUACACUGAUCAUCAGGGCACUGAUGAUCAGUGUGCCCUGAUGAUCAGUGUAGCCCCAGCAGUGCCACCUGUCAGUGUCCAUUAGUGCCAGCUGUUAGUGCUCACCCAUGCCACCUGCCAGUGCCCAUCAGUGCCACAUCAAUGCCACAUAUCAGUGCCUACCAGUGCACAUCAAUGCCACAUAUCAGUGCCCAUCUGAGCUGCCUUUCAGUGUCACCCAUCAGUGCCAGCCAGUGCCACCUAUCAAUGCUGCCAAUCAGUGCCACCUAUCAGUG